UUAAAUUUUAUGUUCAUCCUUUCUCUUUUUCCUCCUUUUUGUCAAUUUCUUCAUCUUCAAGUUUGUCCAAUUCAUUUUCCUCUUCCUAUUCAUUUUUAUCUUACAGUCUUCAUCUUCCUAAUCAUAUUCAUUUUCGUCUUCACCUUCCAAACAUUUUUGUCUUCAUUUUUCCAUUAAUUCUACUGUCCUGUUCAUCUUCCUCUUCCUAUUUAUUUAAUCUUCCUCCAAAUUUUUUAUCUUCCUCAUUAUUUCCACCUCGUCCUUUUCCUCUUCCCUUAGUCGCGUGUGGGAAAAGCACCAGCACUUUCUUCUUCCUCUUAUUUUACUCAUUUUUUACAUUGCCAAUUCCCCUCCCUCCUCUCAAUCCAUUAAUCGCCAUCAUCAUCAAUUUCCUUCCCUUAAACACAAUCAUCAACAACACAUU